AUGUCAGCAGAAGCUAAAGGCCCAUGGCCCCACACAGUGACAUACCAAUCGAGAUGGUUGGAUAACGACCAAUACGGCCACCUCAACAAUUCAUCAUACUAUCUAAUCGCGGAUAGCAUCAUCAAUGCCUACCUUGUCAACUCUUGUGGGAUCCAGCCCUUCAUUCACCCUUCCUCAUCAUCACCACACUCCCCAACGACGUCCAACGUCUCGUCAUCUUUGUCUUCAACAGGAGAGAAAGACGUCAAAGACGUCGUUGGGCUGGUUAUCUCCAACUCAUGUCGAUAUUUCGCCGCGUGCUCUUUUCCCGCUCCACUAAAGGUUGGGUUGCGAGUGGUGAAACUUGGCAAAAGUUCAGUGACUUAUCAGGUCUCGAUCAGAGAAGAAAAGGCGGAGGAGACCGCAGCUUUGAUCACAUCCACACAUGUAUUUGUCGAUCGAGUCAGUAGACGGCCAGUGCCAAUGCCCCCGCCGUUGAAGGGUGGAUUGCAAAAGCUGCUGAUAGAACAGCAGGAGGAAACACGGUCUAAGCUUUGA